GUAUCGACAUUAUCGACAAUAAACUUUGCUCGUGUCGCAGCAUAAACAAGUUGCCCAUUGUGUUUUGACUUUUGAUGCACAGAAUUCUCAUAGGAGUGAGACUGAGUCAUUCAUGGUGCUGUUACAUAUUGGAACUUCACCAUAAGUCAAACAGGAAGACCGUGCCGUUUUGUGCACACAUUAUCCUCAGUGUGUUCAUUAUUAGUGGUACGCAACAAGGUGUAAACGUGUGCGAGAGAGUGAAUGGUGAUCGAGACCAAACAAAUUUCAAGGGUGGAAAUUGAACAAGUUCAGAGGUCUUCUUCUCAUUUAAUUCCACACCACCAACCAACCACCACCUCCACGUUUUUACGUGAGUUUGACUAAACGCAUCGGAAUUUUUCACCAAGUCCAAUCUCGGAGGUUUGAGAUCACAAGAAAUACAACCAGCCCCCGUUCACGAUGUAAAUCACUAAAUCCAAAAGUGAUCGCUGUGUGUGCAAGAUAACAAUUUGUCAUCUGUGCAAGUGGCCUACUGCUGCCAAUCGUUUGUUGUCUGCAUUGAGAAAAAUGAGUCUAACCACUGGGGUAAUUUUUCUUCGUGUCACACUCACAUCAUCAUCCACAACAAAUCUGCUUCUCGAGAUGUAAGAUUUGACUGGAUUUUAAACUCUCCAAACCUUGGACGCCCCUUAUAAAACACGGCGUCAUCAUCCAGCGAGAUAGUGCAUACAACGAUAAUCAUACAUUCAUUCAUGUCCAAAGUGAAGGAUACAUCAUUAUUGUUCAUUGUAUAACCAGCACAUGCCUACUUUUAUAACCGAACUUUUCCACACGGUCGUUAUUUAUGUAAUCCUGUUGUUGGAACCCUUAUCAGUUUAAAAGAUAUGGUGACGCCAAAAAAUUCGUCACUCCUUCAUCCGGUCUUUGUUUGAUGCGGGAGCAAGUGGUGCCUCUCCUUUGGGAACUACACAUAAUAUCUGUGUAAAUGUGAAAGUUUUUGGAAACUUAUUUACUACUGUCACCAGUAUCGACAAAUAUAGGGUGGCUUAUUUUGUGCUAUGAUCUUCCAAUGCAAUCCGGUAUUUCAUGAUUAUCAAUCACGGGCAACAACAAGUGAACGGAAAAAACAAGAUAUGUAACAUGGGGCAAUGCAGCAACAAUGCUUUCCUGGAUAUCGAUCGGUUCAUUUAUUUGAGUGAUAAGCCAACAGUGAGAUAUGCAAUGCCAACGAAAACCCUUUGAGUUAAUUCCAUAUGCCAGAAACCAGCUCUUUAUUUUAUCAAAUAUUUAAUUACAGUGAUAAGAGCGACUAAUAUUUACUCGUGAAUAAGCACUUGAGCUACUCUCCAGGCUGGCAUUUGUUGAGCAACGAGCACGAACUUUUGUACUAUUUAAUUGUUACCUGUAAAAUUAAGUGAAUUUCUAACUAAUAAAACCCAGUGAGGUCGUUUGGAGGUCGAGGUUUUCAUUUCAGCUUCUCAAAUUCCAAUCGACCAAGAAAUAUUCACUGCUCACAAUCAGUACAUACUUAAAACGCAAUGUAAUUAAAUACUGUUUCGGGAUUUUUUUGCAUGUUAAAAGUGGUAUACGCAGGUAUACAUCGAAUACAUACACAAAACACAAGUAUUGGCGAUGACAUGAACAAUGGAAUGGAACUUGGUGCCUGUGUCAAAGUUUGUAUUUAAACUCAGACAGGAGUAACCUGUCGGGUAGUUUUUUUUAUUAUUUUUUAAAUAAAUAAAUUUCUACGUAUUCGCUGGAUAUUAACCCUCGAUCGAGAUGAAGCGAAAUCCAGGUGCCUUGGCUAAAGCUCUCUACUCCAACACCCCCGAGGCAAGGAACGAACUUUUGUUCCGGAAAGGAGAUAUUCUGACCGUCAUCGAAUAUGACUACGAUGAUCAGAUCGGUUGGUGGUUGUGUUCUCACCGGGGUCAAAGGGGGAUUUGCCCCAGCAACUACUUGCAACUAUUGGAAGACAACUAUUCCUUUGUGGAUCAUACUAAUCGCUCAGUAUUGAAACGGAGUUUGAGUCAUUCUGGAAGCGGAGAAGCCCAUGAGUCAGCCUUGGUAGGAGUAGGAGAGGGGAAAGUUGAAGUGUUUGAUCCACAAACGUACGAUGUGCCUCGUUCAUGUGUGCAGAACUUAUCAAAAUCCUCCGACCCUGUGGAUGAGCCCGUAUUGUAUUCAAAUCAACAACCCCUCUAUCAGAACGAGGAGGAGGAAUUUAUAACCAAGACGAGUCCUCUGGAUUUGUAUGACGUUCCCCGAAGCCAACUUCCCAUUUAUGGACAAUCCCUCGCCCGCCUGCGAAGAUACGGUCAUCAAGCUUCCGAGUCCUCAUUGUUGGCACCAAGAGGAGGAAUAACCACCAGUCUGCAGAACGUCAACCUUGGCAAUUUUGCUUCGGCACGCAGCUCGUCAAGCUGUGAUUUGGGGCUGCCACCAUCAGGCAGGAUAGGAAGCAAUCGAACCUCUCCAGACAAUUGCAGCAGCAUUAAUUUGGCUGAAACGGGCACAAUUCCCGGAAACACGGCACACGAUUCCUCAUCCAUUAUUAGUCAAACUAGUUCCGGAACCAGUCAAGUUCAACUCCGGAAUAGUCCACACCGUCGUCUGCCAUUCAGUUCCACCAACUGCAUUCCCACCUCCUCCUCCUCCACCGGUAUUCCCAUCAAUCAUAGCAAUCGGUCGUCCGUCCAGUCGGAAUCUGCAGAGUCAGGGAUCGGAAUGGUCUCAUCACCCCCCACCAGCUCUCAAGACCUCUAUGAUGUUCCCAGGUCCACAGCAGUGCGAGUUCAGACGAGACUCGAUGGUGGGGUUAAUGGGCAGCAGUUGCAGCAAAGUAAUGGCACUUCUUCCAGACCUCAAAGCUCUCUCUCGGCCUCAUCGAGUGGAAUGGGACUCAGCAUAGCCAACAGUGACUCCAAGGACAGUUUGGAUUUGUAUGAUGUGCCUCGUUCCGCAAAAAGUUAUGUGAACCACAUGGAGACCAAAUAUGACCAUGUCGUGCAUAAUAAGCAUCAAGGAUCAAGUGCCGGUAGUACUACCAGCUUAUCCCGGGACUCAACCUUGACCAAGGCUGCUCAUUCAAGGCAUAACAGCACCUCCAGUAUUUUCAGUGCGUAUGGCUAUGCUCGACAAGGCAGUGCGGGUGGUGGUGUUAGUGGUGCUGAUUUCACGGAUGGGAAAAGACCCGGUGGGACAAUCAGUCAAGACUUUGGCAGCAUGAAUCCUCCCGAUAAUGCUGCCAAUGACCUUUACGACGUACCCAGAAGUAGUUGUGCUGUGCCCCCUCCGAAUCCCAGGACACACAGAGGAAUUUCGGGUGGAUUCGGUGCUUCUUCUUCUUCCGCCUCCAUAGCAUCCUCCAGAUCAGUGGUGUCCUUGUUAUCGGAUGGUGAUCUUACAGGAUCAGCCAGCAUGUUAUACGACAUUCCCCCUUCGUUUACAAAGAAGGUCUCCUUGACGGAUUCCUCCGAAACGCUGAGCUUCAAGGACAGUGGGAGUGAAAGUGGUCAGAGUGGGAAUCGCAGUGACCUCAAGUUGGGAGCUUCAUCGUCUAGUCUAUCAACCUCACCGGGAAGGAGGCGCAAUCACGUCUUGAGAAGAGGGAGCCAAGGAGUUAGUAAUAACAAGGCAUCAUCAUCGUCAUCUUUGGGGUUCACAGGUGCUGGGGUUGGAUCUGCGGAUGUAAAAAUCCUUCCACUGGGUCCAAAGGCGGCCGUGUCGGUCUGCGAAAAGUUGCGACACGAAGUUAUCACCAGCAUUGGAUCAAUUCUGAAUCAAGUGAAGCCUAAGUGGAGGAGCAAGGAAAAUCUGACGGCAAUUAUGCCCGAUCUCCGCUUCAGCUGCUGCAGACUGAGUUUGGCAAUCAAAGACAUUUCGGAAUUUGCAACGCGAGCCUUGUCCAAUGCCAAGCAAUUGGGAAAUGAAGAACUGCUCUCAAAGCUUCACCGACUGAUGAUCCCAGUAAUGAAUGGCUCCCAAAUCAUUCAGAAAGAUGUCGACGAGUUGGAGGCUUAUUUCUGGUCCGCGGAUCGUCUCAGCGUUUCACCCGGAAAUAGUCACCACGAGUCUGGAGAUGCGCUGGAUCAAUUAAUUCUUUGUGCACGAAGUUUGAAACAUGAUGUGACUGAAAUUGCAAACUUUUUAGCCCUAAAUUCAUCCACCCUUUUCCAGGAGAAACCUGUACCUAUAGCGGAAAAAUCAACGGUGGGACUGAGUCAAGACGAUGGCGACGAGUACGUUAGUUUGGUGCCUAGUGCGGAAUCUAAAAAUGACACGACUCCUUUGUCCACUCUUUCUUGGACGUCUUCAUUGAAAGCAGACAGACCGAAUUCCACCCCCGUUCCACUCGAUGCCAGAGAUGAACAACUGCUGGAAUUCUACUCUGCGCAAAUUGGCGUCACAGCCCCGCUCUUAUCCCAAUCGAUAUCCACUUUCAUAUCUGCCAUUCACCAGAACGAGCCACCAGAAAGCUUUAACGUCCAUCUAAAGUAUGUGAUACUCCUCGCAUAUCGAAUGCUCUUUGGCGGAGACACUGUCCAUCGAAACAUUGUGAACAAUGCGCAACUAAAGAUUGCAAUCGAGAGCCGAGCAAAUGAUCUUCAUAAAUCCAUUUUAGCUCUUUAUGAAGCAAGUAAAGUCGCCACGGCGGAAUUCCCUAAAAUUGUCCCUAUGCAGAACAUUGUGGAUCGAGUCUGGGACACGACGCAAGCUGCCACGCAGCUAAAGAAAGUCAUCUUUAAUGCCACUUGUGCUACCCUGUAAGCUGCUGUAUGGCAUCGUUACGUGUAUCGUAUCGUAAUUUCUUAGCAUCUCACAAAAUACUACAUACUUCUUUCCGGGUAACAAAUGUCAAGCUCUCUCUGUGUGUCGAGAAAGAAAAUUUGUGGAGCACAAAAGAUCAAAUUCCGGGUUUAAUUAGGGGAACAUAAUUCCACAACUAGUUUGUUUCUUUUAUCUUGAGUUUGUACAAAUUCUAGCAUCUGCAGACUUAUUUUUUUCAGGAAAAUAAACAAUCAUACAUGUACGUGGAGAUACUAAUGAUUCACCCACUGCGACUGAAAGAUUGUUCUUUUGCGAGCAUAAAAUUAGCAGCAUGUUCUACGCCAAAGAAUAACAAUUUUGUAUGACAAAAAAUUUAGAUGGAAUUUGAGAAUUAUUUUUAUUUUGCAGUCUUGCUUAGAAAAGCUAAUUUAAAACCUAGGCUUGGUACAAACAAAGGAAUAUUUCCACAAAAUGGAAGUGAAGUAACCGAAAAAAUGUUAGUUACCUUUGAAAAGACCUUGAGAAUGUGUUACUCCAUUGGAUGCACUACACAUCCGAAACUUACGGUUAUUGCUUGUUACAAAUUCCUUGAAAUUAAAUUAUGAACUGUUUAACAUGUAAUAUUUAAUUUGUGUCUUACCCGCAUGAUUAUAUUUUGUAAACAAUAAUGUCAAUUAAAGUGUAGAUUGCUAUUGAAUUUUGAAUAACUGUGAUUUUAAUGUUGAUCCUAUACUAAAAUAGCUUACUAAUAAAUAAUUACUAAUUAAUCACAUAAAGCAGUAUAUUGAAUGAAUUAUCUAGACUAUUAUUUAUAUAAGAAACUGUUCUGUUGUCUGUUCUUGUUAUUUAUUUAAUUAAUUACUAGCUGUUGGCUGUUUGUCCACUUAUUAGUUAUUAUUUGUACAAUUAUGCAGUAGAUCGUGCCAUACUUGUAAGAAAACAAUCCUAUCAAUAUUUAUCUUGAGUUAUCAAGCCUCAAAGAAUAAACGUAAUAAAUGAUCUAUAAUAAAAGUGACUUAUCAAAUAAAGUAGAUCUCGUG